CUUCGACCAGAGACUCCUCGGAGCGGUGAUCGAGGAGGUCCGCGGAAAUGUCGGCGAUUGAGGUUCUUCGACAACUGUACGAAGAUGGACUUUACGACGAUCUCGAAAUCCUGGCCUCUUUGCUGCUCACGGUGGACAGGAAUUGCGACGACGUGUUGAUGCCUUCGCACCGAUACCAAGCUCUUGUGUGGUAUGGCGACGUGCUCCGAGAAUCGCGUCAGUUCAAGAAAGCCGAGCUCAUGUACGAGCAGGCGCUACAAUUGAAGCGAUCCGUCGUGCGGAAGCGUCAGCACGAAGAUAUAACACCACACGCAGAAGUACAGUAUAGAAUAUACCAAUGUCUUUUGGGCAGGAAAGAGAUACGCUUGGCCACGAGUACGCUCGAGAACAUACCGCUCAAGCAACGAACUCCCAAAAUGAAUAUGGCGCUCGGAAGACUCUACCAGAGUCAAGGCAACGACCGGGGUGCCAUCGCUUGCUACAAGGACGUUCUCAAAGUGAAUCCCUACGCGAUCGCAGCGAUAACGUCGUUACUCGAGUUAAACAUGAAAGCCGCGGACGUGUCGUCGAUGGUCACGUCGAAAGGUCUUCACGUCACCAUGGAGUGGCUGCCGGCAUUCGUUGCCGCUUGCGGAGACCUGCACUCGAAGAAUACCUCGAAGGCACUCGAAGCUUUCCAGUCUCUCGACACGUCUUUGCAGUUGAAAGAGAGCUUCGACGUGAGUCUCAUGUUGGCCAAGUUGCACUACUUCCAGGGUGAGAGCAACAAGGCCCUCGGCGCUUUCGAGCGAGCCGUGAAAGCAGACAAGUAUCAAGUCAGGGGAAUGGAUUUGUACGCGAGCCUCCUGAUGCGCGAGAAGAGAUCCAAGGAACUGGAACAAUUGAGCAAUCAUCUCUUGUCGCUGAGCGACAGUAUGCCGGAAACAUGGGUCGCUCUGGGCUAUCUGUGCUACAACCGGGGGAAAUUCCCGCGGGCAAGACACAUGUGCGAUAAAGCUCUGGACAUGAACCCGAAACACGUGAAUGCCGUAAUUCUCAAAGCUGAGAUCCUCUUCGCCAUCGGAGGCUUCCAGAGCGCAGCCUCGACGUACAGCGAAGCUCAAAUCAUCGCCCCUCAUCGCUUCGAACCGUACCGAGGCCAGGUGACGUGCUAUCUGUCCCAGAAUCGUUUCUCCGACGCUCAGACAGCUGCCACGAACGCUAUUCGGCAACUGGGACAGAGUCCGCGGACGCUCACGUUAAAAGCCGAAGCGCUCGCGAAAAACAACCAGAUCGAAAAGGCUAGAUCCUACCUCGAAAGAGUCCUAGCGCAUGAUCCGGGAUAUCUGCCGGCGAUAUACGAUCUCGCUGAAAUACUCGAUCAGACUCGGAACUACCAAGGUGGAGUGCAGCUCCUCAGCGAGAAGCUGCAGCUGGUUGGCAGCACGCUCAGACUGCAUCAGAUGUACGCGGAAUUUCUCCACAAGACCAAUGAGCCCGAACAAGCACUCUUCCAUUACGGCAUCGCUUUGAACCUCGAUCCGGGCAAUGCUCAAGUCAAGAAAGGCAUACAACUUGUCGAACAGUCCGUCGGGGGAGAGCAGAGCUAUGAUAUGGAAAUGGAUGACGAUCGAGAAUCCGAGGCUAACAACGAUGACAGCGAUGGUGACGGGGUCUGGAGCGACGAAUUUUGAUCGUGAGCUAGGCCCUCGACCACUUGAUUGUGUGAGAGAAAGAUGAAGCUGCCUUUGGAGAAUCGAAAGAAUACAUACGAAUUGUACAGUAAAAUAUUUGGAUCGCCCUAUAUAUAAAUGAUGAAAGUGUUAGCGAGACGAAAUAUCA